AUGAGCGGUUUUAAAUGCUAUUUGCAAUUGGGUGACAGGCUCUCUCAAGUAUGGCUAAAUAAAUACACAUUGGCUUUGUUGCUGGCAAUGUUAAAGCUUCUCUUUUUCUCCCAGUCUGUACAGCAUGCGAUAGAAGUCUCGGAGACUUAUAUUUUAUCCAAUUGCCACAGUAUUGAUUCAUUAUACUCCAAAGUGACAGACAAUACGCCGCACUACUUGGGCGUCAUGGGUAAUUUUCUCAUCGAAAAGGGUAUGGAAGAGACGGUUAAAGCUACGCUGGAGACGCUAUCGCUUUUAGUAUAUGCGAGUGAGGGACUGGUCAACUUUGCUAUUGACCUGUAUUUGGGUACGUAUGCCUGUUUAAUUGUUAGUGCCGUUGAUGGAACUGUGGAUGUUGCUACAAACACUACAGAAAAAUUGAUUAGUUUAGUCAACGAUACAGUUUCUAGUGUGGCCGAUGAAUUGGAUACUGGCUUGAAUGACAUCUCCAAGAUAAUCAAUAAGGUGAUCAAGACUGCAUCCAAAAUAGAGGAUUUCUUCACUGGUGAUGAUGACGAUGACAGCAAUAUGACGUCGUCGAUCAAAAGUGUCAAUUUGACUAUAUCCGCCCUUCAUAAUUUAUACAUUCCUUCUUCAAUCAACGAUAAGCUUGAAGAGUUAUCGGCAAAGACGCCAGACUUUGCUCAGGUUAAGAAUACGACUAAAAAUUUGAUCUCGGUUCCCUUCAAUGAAGUGCGAAAGAAUAUCAAGGCCGUAAAUGCCAGCAAUUUGAUUGGAGAUACCUCUGUUUUGUACGUCCCCCCCGUGUCUGUUGACAACAGUACUGGGAUAUGUUCAUCCAAUGAAUCAGAAAUUAUAGCGUUUUAUGGUAUCUUGGGACAAGUUCUGAAAAUAACUACCAUAGUCUGCAUUAUUAUGUUGAUAUGCUUCGCCGUUGGUGCGAUGAUACCAGUUGCCUGGAAUGAAAUUAAACUGUGGAGGCGUCUUUGCGGCAUGAGAGACCAUUACAUACUGAGCAGGCAAGAUUCGUAUACGUCCUAUUCCAGUGGAAGCUCACACGAGUUGAAAGAUCCAUUCGCAGAUCCUCCCAUACAAAAUGUCCAAUAUGACGUCAUUGCAAGCUACCAGCAGUGUUUUCGAAUAUGGAACACAAGAAUAGCAGGCUGGAUGACAAAUCUUGUCACCUUUGGAAAAUCACCAGAGAACAUUGACCCUGAAACUAGGAAAAAAAUAGAAUGGGUAGUGGCUUAUAUGACCUCCGAAAGGGCACUGUGCGUCCUAGGAAUUGGAAUUUUGGGAAUUUUGGUGUGUGUAUGUCAAUUUGCCAUGAUAGCACUGUUAAAACACAAGAUAAGUCAUUCAUUGACCUCCAAUAGUGGUGAUAGCGUUCAAAGUUUGCUGAAGUCCAGCACUGCAGUUGAUAUAGAAAACCAAAUGAGUCUUUGGAGCGUUCAGACGAACGACUAUAUAAAUACCACGGAGAGUAAUAUCAAUCAGGAAGUCUUUGGAUGGAUAAGCACGACAACACUCUCCAUAAACAAUACAGUGGCCACCAUGAUCUCCGAUAUAGACACCACUGUAGCGGACGUGUUCAAUGGAACACUGCUAUAUAACCCAAUGAAAACGGCGGUCGGAUGUGCCAUUGAAAACAAGCUCUACACAGUAGAGAAGGCAAUGACAUGGAUUCACGACAAGGCUCAGCUGCACAUUCCGAGAAUUAACGGGACCCAAAUCAAGCAAGCUCUGGCAAAGCAAGCCGACAACAGCACCACCUCCACGGCUAGCUCCACUUCCGCUACUACAGCAAGCUUACUGGAGAACCUCGUAAAUGACAUGAGAGAAGGACUUUUAAAAAUCCUCCGAGCUUACCACCGUAUAACUAUGGGGGAACUUACGGUGGCCUUGGUCAUUGUUGCCGUGUGGCUCGUACAAUUGCCCAUAGCUCUGGUAAUUCUCCGAUUACGUCUUCGCAAAGCCACCUUUAACUGA